AUAUUACUGUUAUAAUAAAAUGUUCCAAACAGGUGAACUUGGAGAAAAGUGCACUGAAUGUGGAAAGUCAUUUGCCACCCAGCAGACACUCUCCCGCCAUUUGUCCUCACACUCUUCUUUACGUCAGUUUGUAUGUCAGAUGUGCAACAAGACAUUCAAGCUUCUAAAUCAUGCAAGAAGCCAUCUUCACACUCAUUCCAACACCAAGACAAUACCAUGCAGAUACUGUAACAAUUUAUAUAAAACAAAAAGUGCCAGAAAUAUGCACGAAAGAACUCAUGAUAGUGUUAAAGCCUUCAUAUGCAUAGAAUGUCAGAAAGCAUUUGAUACAAAAGCUUCAAUGAUUCGUCACUUAAGAAUUCAUACUGGAGAGGCACCGUUCCAUUGCCAGUAUUGUGGUCGAUGCUUCAAAGAACAUGGUACUCUAAGUAGACAUCUAAAACAUAAAAGUAAGUGCAUACAGUUCUCUGAACUUGAAAUAUUUCAUUAUUGGGAUAUACUAUACAUAAUUGAACUAAAUGUGCAGAAUACAUGUAUACUAUGCUAAAUAUUAGAUAAUAUGCUGAACUCUUCCUUAGCAGAUUACAGUACAGAAGGACCCCAUAUCCAUGGGGUAGACAUUACAAGUACCUGCCACGGAUAUUGAAACCACUGAUAGUAGCUAACCCUAUAUACAGUAGGACCCCGCUUUACGGCGUUCCGCUAAUGCGGACAUUUCAAAUUAUGACCAAAACUUGCUCUACGGCUCCCCCACCUGACUUUCUAAUACG